AUGGACACGGCACUUAUCAGGGACCUGGAGGGGUCAGCCAUUACGAUACCUCUUAUUAGGCUUGUCAAGAAGGCAGAACGCCUCUGCAUCACCAUACCCGUGUACCGCGCUAUGGCGCCAUCUGCGCGUAAUGCAUUCCGUAGCAGUCUGCUGCAUCUGCCCGCAUCAUCGUGCCACGACGCGGCUCAAACAGGCCACGGCCGAGAAAAAGCCCGGCUCUCAAGGCAGCCUCGGCGGGCGGGCCAGACAUCAUACCCAACGCAGCUUUGCAUAUCAAAAGUUUGCCAGUGCCCUUGUGCAAAAAAAAAGGGUUUUAUGUACAUACAGUGUUGA